AUGAGCGCUCAAGUUCCCUGGUACGAUGCUUAUCCCAAGCCGUCGACAACCACUCCGCCCACAAUCUCCAGAGAAACACUACUGGCAUGGAUCAAAGAGGGCCGUACUCCCGGCCAGGACUUCCUCGUGGUUGAUCUCAGGCGGACCGAUCAUACUGGCGGUUUUCUCCGCGGAUCUGUAAACCUCCCCAUCGAAAGCUUGUACCCGGCACUGCCUACCCUCCAUGCAAUGUGCAAGAGCGCCGGCAUCAAGACUGUGAUCUGGUAUUGCGUCACAUCUCGGGGGCGAGGCAAUCGAGCUGCAGCAUGGUUCGGCGACUAUCUUCGCGAACAGAACGAGACAGAUAUCGAGAGUGUGUCGCUCUUAGAGGGCAUUCUGGGCUGGGCGCUUGCUGGAGAUGAGUACACGGAGCAUAUUGAUGAGUUUGUGCCGGAGGCUUGGAAGAGCUCUGAUGCGGCGAAGCAUACUGGGCAGUUAAGCAGCUGUAACUGAUGAUUUGCCUAUUGCGCAGCCAACUUCUGUCCCCACCACCCACCCCCGGCGCUUCAGAAUGAAAAGGCGGACAAUGAAGGUGUUCGGGGUCUGAGCGUUGUGAUAUUGGAGCUUCAUAUUGCAAGGUUAUGGACAGUAAUACAAUCUAUGCGCCUAGGGGAUGUGUCAG